CCAUAUAUAUAUCUAUAAAUACCACUACUCUUUCUCUCAAAUCAUAAAGUCACGCUCUCACUUAUCUUCAGAGGUUUAACACAAAAAUACUUCACAGAGAAAACGAUGGAGCAGACCUUCAUCAUGAUCAAGCCCGAUGGCGUCCAGAGAGGCUUGGUUGGUGAGAUCAUUAGCAGAUUUGAGAAGAAGGGCUUCUAUUUGAAAGGUUUGAAGCUCAUAACUGUGGACCGUUCUUUUGCUGAGAGGCACUACGCCGACCUGUCUGCAAAGCCCUUUUUCAGUGGGUUGGUUGACUACAUUAUAUCUGGUCCUGUUGUUGCUACCGUUUGGGAGGGUAAGAAUGUUGUGACAACUGGUCGAAAGAUUAUUGGAGCCACAAACCCCUCGGACUCUGCCCCUGGAACCAUUCGUGGUGAUUUUGCAGUUGAAAUUGGCAGGAAUGUCAUUCACGGAAGUGAUUCAGUUGAGAGUGCAAGGAAAGAAAUUGCACUGUGGUUCCCUGAAGCGCCUGUUAGCUGGGAGAGCAGCCUCCACUCCUGGAUCUACGAGUAAAUGCUUGAUUGAGUUGUUUGAUGCCCGGCAUCCUCCUCGCUCCGAGUAUUGUUAUGACUACUAUUUGAUCUAGUUAUGAAGUUUUGGCUUAGCUUGUUAUGUCUGUUUCCUUGAAACUUUAGA